AUGGCACUCAUCGAGGUCAUCGCGAACGACCGUCUUGGGAACAAGGUCCGCGUCAAGUGCGACUCUGACGACACUGUCGGCGACCUGAAGAAGCUCAUUGCGGCGCAGACGGGAACCAAGGCGGAGAAGAUUGUCUUGAAGAAGUGGUACACCAUCUACAAGGACCACAUCACUCUUCGAGACUACGAGAUCAACGACGGCAUGUCGCUCGAGAUGCAGUAA